AUGAACCCACCCAAGCCAAAAUCGGCCCCGCCAUGUCUCUCGGCCGAUUGCUGGGACACGCACGUCCAUGUCUUUGACUCAACAAUCGGACCCUUUGCAGCAUCCCGGGCUUACACCCCGGCCCAAGCAACCCUUCAGCAACUUUUGAACUUCAGCUCAAGUUUGACAGAAGAGAAAGCGCUCAACAUUGUGUUGGUUCAACCUUCGCCAUAUGGCAGCGAUAACACUGUUUUAUUACAUCUGCUCCGAAAACUUCGCGACGAUGGGGCCCAGUCUCCCCGAGGUAUUGCGGUGGUCGACAUUGCAAGCACCAACGACGAAGAACUUUGGUCAAUGCACAGUCUAGGCGUUCGAGGUCUCAGGAUCAAUAUGCAAGCCGAUGGAAAGAGUACCGACGUUGAAGCUCUCCGCAGAGUGGUGAUCGAAACAGCCGCAAGGGUCAAGGCCCUCCCUAACUGGAAGAUUCAACUCUUCUGCGCUGCAUCAAUAUGGAAUGAUCUUUUUGAUACGAUAUCAAAGCUUCCAGUCGAGGUCAUUGCCGACCAUGUAGGCGGACUGCGGGGCUCCUCUAAACUAGAGCCAGCCAGUGGAACGCGGGCGAUCGAUCCGACCGAACAGCCCGGGUUCGGGUCUCUGGUCAGACUGGCUGAAGCUUCAAAAGUGAUCAUCAAAAUCUCAGGACUGUAUCGACUCUCAAGCCGUGCAGGGUCCGGAUACGACGACAUGGAGCCGGUUAUCAAGGCCCUGGCUGAGAGAGUACCUGAUCAGUUAAUUUGGGGCAGUGACUGGCCACACACCGGCGAGGGCAAGGAUCGCUUGAAAAGAGGCAAACAUGCCAUCGAGGAGUUCCGAGUAAUCGAUAAUGAACUCAUUGUAAGAAAUCUCAGGGAUUGGAUCGGAAGCGAUGAGACAUGGGGAAAGGUCACGGCGAGAAACCCGAAGAAGUUUUAUCAGUAG